AUGCCAUUCUCUGAGGCACUGGAGCAGAUGCCUAUUUAUGCCAAAUUCAUGAAGGACAUCAUAUCCAAGAAGCGCACCACUGACACUGACUCUGUUAUACUAACUGAAACUUGUAGUGCUAUUUUGCAGGGUAUGAAAAUUCCAGUGAAGAAGCCAGAUAGAGGCUCGGUUACUAUUCUGUGCACCAUCGGAGAUAGGUCCUUUAAAAGGGCUCUGAUUGAUUUGGGGGCUAGUGUGAGCCUUAUGCCUUUGUCCAUCUACAGGAAACUCGGGAUCGAAGGAGUUCAAGACACCAGAAUGACACUUCAAUUUGCCGAUCACUCGGUGAAGAAACCAUUUGGGAUUGUUGAAGAUGUUUUGGUUAAAGUUGAUAAAUUUGUUUUUCCUGUUGAUUUUGUAAUUUUGGAAAUGCCAGAAGACGAGGAGAUACCUCUGAUUCUGGGUAGACCAUUUUUAGAGACAAGUAGAUGUAUGAUAGACAUUGAGAAUGGUACCAUGACUCUUAAGGUUUAUGAUGAGGAGCUGAAAAUUAAUGUGAGAAACACUAUGAAGCACAAAGAGGAUAUAGGUACAAAUCACUCAGUGGAAGUGAUUAAUCAGAUAGUAGCCGACAACAUUCAGAGUAGUUUCCCAGAAUCAUAG